UCGAUUUUAUUUUUUUUCCAUUAAAUUUAAUUAUACAUUUUUAUUUUACCUUUUUAAAUAUGCGUGUUGUGGUUUACUUACACAUAUUCGCUCAAGUAUUAAACGUACUCGCUACUUCAAAGCACAUAAAACAUAAAGUGGUAAACGUGUUUGCGUCCACGGGUUCGAACAAUAAAGGAAAUGCAGAAAAAUGUAUACAAAAUGCUGAACAUAUAGAAACGUCAUUCGUCAAGGAGUUAUGUAAAUCGAAUCCCGAUUUGGAAGAAUUUAUGAUUGCCGCUGACAUUUUGAUAAGAUCCGAUUGUGUUUUAAUCGAUUCGUGUAGAAGAGUGAUCGAGCAACCUCAUGAUGACGUCGACGAAGUAGAUUUCAUAGUAGUUGGUGGAGGAGUAGCCGGACCCGUAGUAGCUGGUAGACUGUCGGAAAAUCCUAAAUGGACGGUGACCCUUUUGGAAUCAGGCCCAGAACAACCGGCGGCCACUGAUAUACCUGCAUUGCUGAGUUCGGCAAUCGCCACGAAGUAUGAUUGGCAGUAUACCACGGCGCCGCAAAAAAACGCUUGUUUGGCAUACGGAGGAGUGUGCGGUUGGCCUCGUGGAAAAGUGUUGGGUGGAACGGCUGUACUGUCAGGUUCGAUGUACUCAAGAGGACACCGGGAUGUAUACGACGGGUGGUUGAGAGACGGAAACGUCGGAUGGGGAUACGAUGACGUGUUGCCGUUUUUCAAGAUGUCCGAGAACAACAAGGACUACCAGACGGAACACCACGGUACUCGGGGCCCGAUUUCUGUGCAAAAACCCAGCGAAAUCUUGCCGAUCACGCGGACGCUGAUGGAGGCUGCUCGAGAAUUGGGGUACGAGGAGAUCGACAUGAGCCACCCGGAACCGAUGGGCUUCUCGAUCGCGCAGCUCAUGAUCACCAGCUCCAAGACCCGGAUGACGACUCCCACUGCGUACCUGCGGCCGCACCUGCGGAUCCGCGGCAACCUGCGCGUCAAGACCAACAGUCACGUGACCCGGCUUCUGGUGGCCGCGGACCGGCGGUCGGUGUACGGCGUCGAGUACGUGGACAGCGCGAACCGGACCAGGCGGCUGACGGCGCGGAAGGAGGUGAUCCUGUGCGCGGGCGUCAUCGGGUCCGCGCACCUGCUCAUGGUGUCCGGCAUCGGGCCGGCGGAGGACCUGCGGCCGCUGGGCGUUCCGGUGGUGCAGGACCUGCGCGUGGGCCACAACCUGCAGCACCACGUGGCCAGCAAGCUGAGCUUCCAGCUGAACGUGACCAACGACCGGUUGCUGACGUUCGAGACGAUAGGCCAAUAUCUGAAGCAGAGGUCCGGCCCGCUGUCCACAACCGGCGGCCUGCAGACGUCCGCGUUCCUGCGCUCGGACCGGGCUGGGCCCGCGGAUCCGGCCGACGUGCAGCUGUUCUUCGACGGUUACUCGCCGAACUGCGCGUACGCCCAACCGGUGUACGGCGGGUGCAUGGCGGCCGCGGACCCGGUGCUGAUGAACGUCCGGCCGGUGAACGUGCGGCCGCUGAGCCGGGGCACCAUCCGGUUGACGAGCGCCGACCCGUUCGUCCGGCCGCGGAUCGAUCCCAACUACCUGGCCGCGGAAGCGGACGUCGACGUGCUGGUGUGGGGCCUGCGGCUGGCCAACGACCUGGUGCGCACCGGGGCCCUGCAGCGGCUGGGCGCCACCGUCGACCGGAAGCCCGCCGAGCACUGCGGCCGGCACGCGUUCGGCACGGACUCGUACUGGCGGUGCCUGAUCCGGUACCACACCCGCGGCGAGAACCACCACGCGGGCACGUGCAAGAUGGGCCCGGCCGCCGACCCGACCGCCGUCGUCGACCCCGAGCUGCGCGUCCACCGCGUCCGCGGCGUGCGCGUGGCCGACUCGUCCGUGUUCCCGACGCAGCCCAACUGCAACCCCAUCGCGCCCGUCGUGAUGGUCGCCGAGAGGGCCGCGCAGUUCAUCAAGAACACGUGGCGCUGACGCGAUCGUUCGCGUAAACGACGGCGGCGCGGACGGACGCGCGCGCAUAUUGUUCGUGUAAAUUUGGAUUGUUUUUAAAUUCGUUCUUUCUCGCGGUAUACCGCUACACUUCAAAGGCCGUUUUUACUAUAUUGUUAUCGGGGCGUAAAGGUUAUCGUUCAAUUCAGAGUACACCGUUUUCGCCAUAAUAUCACGUAUAAUUAUUAUUAUGUUUAUUCAUUUGACGUGUAUAAUAUAUAUAUAUUAUGUUUAUAUCGUAACAUCGUUAUUGCCGAUGUAUGGUAUCGCUAAGAUUAAGUACUAUUGUCUGGCUUUUGUACGCAUUUAAAUAUCGUUACCGUUUAGCUCAUAAGUAAACACGCGCGCAAUAAUCUUUAUAAUAUGUUAUGUAUGAAUGUCGAUUACUCCGUUUUAAAAUAUACUUUGGCCAUAACUCGAA